GCUGGAUGAGAGUUGUGUUGUUGUGGAGUACCUCUUCCUCCUCCUCCUCUUCCUCCCGCUCCUCCUCCUCCCGCUGCUCCUCUUCCUCCUCCUCCUCUCCUCCCCCGGAGCUCCUCACUCGGUCCCGGGACUCAGGCUGGAUCAUGUCCGCUGUGCUGCUGCUGCUGCUCGGCCUCGUGUCUCUGCUGCUGCUCGUCCUCCGCAGAUCCUCCAGGAGCAGAAGAGUCGGAGAACCUCCUCUGAUCAAAGGCUGGAUCCCUGUCGUUGGAAAAGCUCUCGAGUUCGGACAAAAUUCCUUCAACUUUCUUCUGGAACAUCAGAAGCAACAUGGAGACGUCUUCACCGUUCAGAUCGCCGGGAAGUACAUGACCUUCAUCCUGAACCCGCUGCUGUUUCCAAACAUCGUCAAAGAUGGCCGACACCUGGACUUCCAUGAGUUCUCCUACAAGGUGGGUUCCUAUGCGUUCGGUUACCCGCUCAUGAAGCCCAAGGAGUUCCCCGGCCUGGAGGAGCAGGUCGGCCGCGCCUUCCUCCUCCUCCAGGGCGACAGUCUCUCUCUCCUGACAGAGAGCAUGCUGGGUAACCUCCAGCUGGUGUUACGUCAGGACUUCCUGGGGCAGAGGCCGGGGGAGGAAUGCGACUGGACGAGCCACAGCAUAUACAAGUUCUGUAACUCUGUGAUGUUCGAGUCCACGCUCCUCACCAUGUACGGCCGGCCGCCGGCCGCCAGGCGCCACAGCGGGAUGGACGUGAUCAUGGAGAACUUUGAAAAGUACGACAAUAAGUUUCCUCUCCUCGUGGCUCAAAUCCCUCUGUGGCUGCUGGGCCAGACCAAGGCCAUCCGCAAGAAGCUCACCGACGUCUUCCUGCCGCAGAGGAUGGCGAGUUGGUCCAACGCUUCACAGUUCAUCAGGAGACGACUGGAGAUCUUUGAUCAGUUCGACGCGCUGAGGGAUUGGGACAAAGCAGCCCACAGCUUUGCCAUUCUGUGGGCGUCGGCGGCGAACACUGUCCCCGCCACGUUCUGGGCCCUGUACCACCUGCUGACUCACCCGGAGGUGAUGGAGGUCGUGCGUCAGGAGCUGCUGGACGUCCUGUCGCAGAGCGGCGUGGCGUUCAGCAGCGACCGAGACGUGGCGCUCACCAGAGAGCAGCUGGACAAACUCGUCUAUCUGGACAGCGCCGUGAAGGAGAGUCUCCGUCUGUCCUCGGCCUCCAUGAACGUCCGCGUGGCGUUGGACGACUUCAGUCUGCGGCUGGAUGGCGAGCGCUCGGUGGCCGUUAGGAAAGGAGAUGUUGUGACCUUGUUCCCUCAGAUUAUUCACAUGGACCCGGAGAUCUACGAGGAGCCUGAGACGUACCGGUUCGAUCGCUUCGUGCAGGACGGCAAAGAGAAGAAGAACUUCUACAAGGACGGGCAGAAGCUGAAGUAUUACCUCAUGCCGUUUGGCUCUGGCUCCAGCAAGUGUCCCGGCCGAUACUUUGCAGUCUACGAGAUCAAACAGUUCCUGUGUCUGGUGCUGCUCCACCUGGAGCUCCAGCUGGAGGAGGGGCAGGGCGGAGCGGUUCUGGACCCGGGCCGGGCCGGACUGGGGAUCCUGUGGCCCAGCGCUGACGUCCGCUUCCGCUACAGACUCCGAGCGGCUCCAGCUGCACCGGUGGCCCAGUGAGCCGCCGCGUGGCGUUGGAUAUCACGCAGGUUUGAUUCCCUGGUGGAGACCCGACUCCUGAACUCACUCGACUACAUUCAAAUACACCGAUUGGUAGAGUUGGAUCAAACAUUUACGAGUUACAAGAGUCGACUGGACCUUGAAGUCCUGAACGUUUCCUCCUCAAGGUUUCACUGAACCUGGUGUUGAUCCUUCUGUCCACGAGGAGUCAACUUCUGGUUUCCAUCACAAUCCCAGUCCUGACAUUCUUAAAUGGAUCAAUGACUUCCUGUUGAUGAAAGAAAGACUUCCUGUUGAUGAAUGAAUGAAUCACUGACUUCCCGUUCAUGAAUCAAUGACUUCCUGUUGAUGAAUCAAUGACUUCCUGUUGAUGAAUGAAUGAAUCAAUGACUUCCUGUUGAUGAAUCAAAGACUUCCUGUUGAUGAAUCAAUGACUUCCUGUUGAUGAAUCAAUGACUUCCUGUUGAUGAAUCAAUUACUUCCUGUUGAUGAAUGAAUGAAUCAAUGACUUCCUGUUGAUGAAUCAAAGACUUCCUGUUGAUGAAUCAAUGACUUCCUGUUGAUGAAUGAAUGACUUCCUGUUGAUGAAUCAAUGACUUCCUGUUGAUGAAUCAAUGACUUCCUGUUGAUGAAUGAAUGACUUCCUGUUGAUGAAUCAAUGACUUCCUGUUGAUGAAUCAAUGACUUCCUGUUGAUGAAUCAAUGACUGUUAAUGAAUCACUGACUUCCUGUUGAUGAAAGAAAUACUUCCUGUUGAUGAAUGAAUCACUGACUUCCUGUUGAUGAAUUACUGAUUUCCUGUUGAUGAAUCACUGACUUCCUGUUGAUGAAUCACUGACUUCCUGUUGAUGAGUUAAUUAAUCAAUAACUUCCUGUUGAUGAAUCAAUAACUUCCUGUUGAAGAAUCAAUGACUUCCUGUUGAUGAAUGAAUGAAUCAAUGACUUCCUGUUGAUGAAUCAAUGACUUCCUGUUGAUGAAUCAAUGACUUCCUGUU